GACGGAAGCCGGGCAGGGCCAAGAAGCGCCGGCCACGGCCUAGCGGCGCCGGUCCCCGGCCAUGCUGGGAGCGCUGGUCCUCCGCCGCUGCCGCUGCUCGGCGGCCUCCCUCAGGCCCGCGCCGCCGCCGCCCAGGCUUAGCGUGCGGGGAGCCCUCGGGGCUCGGGAUCCCGGCGGGGACCGCGCCCGCGUCCAGGGCUGGGUUCGCUCAGUCCGGUCCCAGAAAGACAUCCUGUUUCUCCACGUCAACGAUGGGUCGUCUUUGGAGAGCCUGCAGGUGGUUGCCGACUCCAGCUUGGACACCGCGGACCUGACUUUCGGGAGCGCUGUGGAAGUGCAAGGCCGGCUGGUCAGAAGCCCGCACAAGAAACAGAACGUGGAGCUGACGGCGGAGAAGAUCCGAGUGGUUGGGCACUGCAAUCCCACGGAAUUCCCGCUCAAAACCAAGGAGCGGCACCCGCUGGAAUACCUGCGCCAACACCCGCACCUCCGUUGCCGUAGCAACACCCUGGGCGCCCUCCUCCGGGUCCGUGGCGAGGCCACCGCCGCCGUCCACUCCUUCUUCAAGGAACACGGCUACGUGCACAUCCACACUCCAGUCAUCACAUCCAACGACUGCGAGGGGGCCGGAGAACUCUUCCAGGUGGAACCUUCGAGCCCGGCGAGGGAGCCCGGGAGCCUCUUCUUCGACGUGCCCGCCUUCCUGACGGUGUCCGGACAGCUGCACCUGGAGGUGAUGUCAGGCGCCUUCACCCACGUGUUCACCUUCGGCCCCACGUUCCGAGCUGAGAACUCUCAGAGCCGCAGGCACCUGGCCGAGUUCUACAUGGUGGAAGCGGAGGUGGCCUUCACCGAGAGCCUCCAGGACAUCACGCAGGUCAUGGAGGGGCUGUUCAAGGCCACGACCGCGACCGUCCUCGCUCGCUGCCCGGACGACGUGAGGCUCUUCCACAAGUUCGUCUCACCGGGCCACGAGGACCGGCUGGAGAAGAUGCUGAGGAACGAGUUUCUAGUCCUGUCCUACUCCGAAGCCGUGGACAUCCUGAAGCAAGCCCGCCGGCCCUUCUCCUUCCCCGUGGAGUGGGGCGGUGACCUGCACAAGGAGCACGAGAGGUUCCUCGUGGAGCACUGCGGCCACAGCCCGGUCUUCGUCGUCGACUACCCCUACGACCUCAAGCCCUUCUACGCGCGGGACAACGGCGACGCGCCCCGGCACACGGCGGCGGCCGUCGAUCUCCUGGUGCCCGGGGUCGGGGAGCUGUUCGGGGGGAGCCUGAGGGAGGAGCGGCUGCACGUCCUGGAGCAGCGCCUGGCCAGACUCGGGCUGACGGACACCUACCGGUGGUACACCGAUCUGCGCCGCUUCGGCUCCGUGCCGCACGGUGGCUUCGGGAUGGGCUUCGAACGCUACCUCCAGUGCAUCCUGGGCAUAGACAACAUCAAAGACGUGAUCCCCUUCCCCAGGAAUCCUGCCCUCCGGGAUCCUCGGGAAGAAGGCAACCGGUCCAGACUGGAGCCCAGAUGCAAUCUCCCAACUCCCGGGCGUCCCCCCCACCCCGACCCCCUUUCCCUCCAGGGCUCAGGGUGCGGAAGGAGCCCAGGCCCGGGAGGCCAAAGGCCCGGGUUCUGCUGCCAACUCCGCCGCUCGCCCGCUGUUUGACCCCGGGCAAGUCACGUCCGUUUUCUGUGCCUCGGUCUCCUCGUCCGUAAAACGGGGGUGCGGUGCCCGUUCUCCGUCCAUCUUGGGCCGGGAGCGCCACGCGGGACAGGGACAGGUAAAUGCCACCACGGGUCCGGCCACCGGCCGGUCUGCUGCCCCGGAGCCCGGCGGGGGUCCAGCCCUGGACGGCUUUCGAGACGGCGCCCGGCCCGCCGCGGGCAAGCCGUCGAUCGUAUUUAGUGAGCACUUCACGCGUACAGAGCGCCGAACUGAGCGUUUGGGAGAACCCGGUGGAACGAUCCAGCAGGCGCCCUCCCUGCCCGCAACGAGCUUCCGGUCCAGAGGGGGAGACGGAUGUUACGUAAAUAAAUACGAAUCAGUUUACCCCGGGGAACCGGGGAACCGUUGAC